GAUUCCGUAACAUGACAGCUGGUGGCGCUAACGCUCCGCCUCGUCACAAUUCGCCAUUCAAACGAAGACGAAGAAGAGGAUUCGCUUUGGCAAAUAUGGCUGCGCAGUGUUGAUGGCGGUGAUGGAACAGCAACAAAGACUGACGCUCAGACCUUUCUUUGUUCGUAAUUUAGUUUAACAGUUAACAGUGUUAUCUUUUAUUUUAAUUCACGACCGUAUCUGCCCGGAGCCCGCGCCAUGGAAACAGAGGAGCAGGCCAGGAACCGUUUCCAGUCGGAGCUGGAGUUCAUCCAGUGUUUGGCCAACCCAAACUACCUGAACUUUUUGGCUCAGAGAGGUUACCUGAGAGAGAGGCACUUCAUUAACUACCUGAAGUACCUGCUGUACUGGAAGGAGCCGGAGUACGCCAAGUUCCUCAAGUAUCCUCACUGCCUGCACAUGCUGGAGCUGCUGCAGUACGAACACUUCAGGAAGGAGCUGGUCAACGCUCAGUGCGCCAAGUUCAUCGACGAGCAGCAGCUGCUGCACUGGCAGCACUACUCCAGGAAACGCACCCGGCUGCAGCAGGCGCUGGCCGAUCAGCAGCAGCAGCCGCAGCAGCCGCCGCACGGGAACGCUGCCGCCAAGUGAUGAUGCCACUGGAGGUGGGAGGAGGCGUUUACGCGGGAACGCCUGGAUUGUAGCUCAACUGGUGCUGGAUUUUGGAGGCUUAUAUCAAUGUGUGAGAGUUAAUGGAAAAUAGCCUGACUUCAACAUAUCAGCCAGUUUUCUUUUUUGUACAUAAACAUAAAUAUUUUUGAUAAUGGUCUUUUUUAAAAUGUGGGUAUUACAGAACUGUGAGCACGACAUGUACUGAUUGGGACGUUUUACAGUGUAAAAAUCAACUUGUCAGUGCUCUCAGGUGGACACUGAUCAGCUGACAUAUAGACCGACACUGAUAAAUCUGUGAUGAGAUGAAGUCAGAUUAUUUACUCAAACUUUGUGUGGAUCCUCACCCAGUAGAGUUUAUUAUGUUGGGAAUUUCAUUAAAUACAUGGAAUCGGUUUAUUUGUGAACUCUCCAGUGGCACUAAACCUCGGCAGCAGUGAGGAAGUCUGCUGUUGAAAACCUUCCGUGUUUCCCUCGUGCGUUCACCUGAAACAGAACGACACCAGCAGAGGAAAGAUGAUCCAGGGCUGUACGGAUCUCGCCUGGCUCCAACAUUUCACUCCCAGAUUUCCUGCCAUUCGAUGAGCUCUUACUUUCAACUUUCUCUGUUAAGAAUCUGUAACACUUUACUUUAAAUCCCCUUGUUUAGCAUUUCUAAGCAGUAUAUAAACAUUUUAAUGAAUGAUUUAUAACAGACUAAAUUGUCCUUAAUGCUGCUUAAUAUUACACUAUAAAGUGUUUAUUAAUUUAAAGUAUUUGUCAGCAGUCAUAACAUUACCUAUGAAUAUUUUCUAUUAUUCCAGCUGUGUUUUACUGUGUUGUCAUUCAUCAUCUGUUCAUCCAGCAGCCUCCACUGACGAGUGUCCACAGGAGGAGUUAGAGCUGGUAACACAGACGUUGAUAAACACUGCACUAUAGUGAGUUAAUAGUGGAUCUGUGACUGUAAAGUUCGGGAAAUAGUAGUCCAGGACCGUAUACUGCACAGUCCUGGAUCAGGGUCGACAACUUAACACGUAUGAAGCUUAGACUGUGACAUUAUCAUUUCUGUUUAUGAAGAGCGUAAAGUUAGUUAAACCUUUUUGAAAGAAAAAUUCUAUCUCCAAGGUCAUCGUCACACAAUUCGAGGCAAAAUCAUUCAUUCGUGCCUCAAGGGGCAAUCAGAGAGAGUUAAAAUGCAGAAGGAUUAAUGACUGUGGUCAGUCUGGACAACAACAUCCAACACCACAAAGGCUCAUAUUAUGUUAAGAAAUGCCAAAAGUGCAGUUUCCUUUCCUUUCCUGUUUGUUUUACAUGCAGGCAAUCUAAACACAUCCCUGAAGGCAUUAACCUAAAACAGCUGCAGACUGUGACGAUAGUGGUAACUUUUAAAUGGAAGAAUCAACAUUUCAAGUUGUUACAGAUGGUAAAACCACAGACCACAGUGAGAGAAUCUGACAAAAAUGGACUUGCUGGAUAUAUAAACAAAAGUGCAACAAACAUUGCUCAGACAAGAACAGAUUCGCUUUUGUUUUCCUUCCUUCCUCAUGUCUAAUUCUACACUGUUCCCCUUCUUUUUAAUAAAAUACUUGAGAUUUGAA